CUCUUCUGAUUGGCUGGCGGUGGAUAUUUACGGAAGUAGUUAAGCGGAGAGUGGUUUACAGGAGCGACACGGUACUUUGUCGACCUCUUCUUGGUGAUAUGCUAAUAUGCAGACAGAUGACUAUGUUUUCGGUCUAAAAACUGAUUUGCUGAAAUCUUCCGGGACAUUUCGUGUUCUUGUUGGCGUGACGGGAAGUGUUGCAGCCUUGAAACUGCCUCUUUUGGUAUUCCAGCUUCUUCAGCUCCCUGGGGUGGAUGUAAGAGUCGUCACCACAGAGCAUGCCAAGCACUUCUACAAUUCUGCAGAGGUUUCAGUAAAAAUCUACAGUGACAAGGAUGAGUGGGAGCUGUGGACUCAGAGAUCUGACCCUGUGUUGCACAUUGAGCUAAGGCGCUGGGCAGACUUACUUGUCAUUGCCCCCCUUGAUGCCAACACUCUUGGAAAGAUUGCUAAUGGAAUUUGUGACAAUCUCUUGACAUGUGUGGUAAGAGCCUGGGAUACCAGUCGCCCUCUCCUCUUCUGCCCUGCAAUGAAUACAGCUAUGUGGCAGCAUCCCAUUACAGCCCAGCAGGUAUCCUGUCUCACAGAGUUUGGAUAUAUGGAAAUUCCCUGCGUUGCUAAGAAGCUAGUAUGUGGAGAUGAAGGUAAAGGGGCCAUGGCAGAGGUAUCGACUAUUGUCAGUGCUGUCAAACAGUAUCUCCAGAAACCAGAUGAGUCAUGAUGAAAACAUGCACAUAACAUUGUAUUGUACAUUUAGCUGGAACAAAAAAUAAAUGGAAAAUAAGCACGAUG